CUUCCCUAAAAUUCACCAAAUUGUGUUGCUUUAGAGAGUCCUAUUUAUGGUGUUUCUGAUCUGAGACAGUGUUAACAAGGGGAAAUAACGAGUUUAAAGAAGAUGUCUGACAAGCCUGAAGUGCUAGAUGCUGUCUUAAAGGAAACUGUUGAUUUGGAAAAUAUACCCAUUGAGGAAGUUUUUGAGAAUUUGAGAUGUACCAAAGAUGGACUUACUGCUACUGCUGCUCAAGAAAGGUUGGCCAUUUUUGGGUACAACAAGCUUGAGGAAAAGGAGGAGAGCAAAUUCUUGAAAUUUUUGGGUUUUAUGUGGAACCCUCUCUCAUGGGUUAUGGAGGCUGCUGCUAUCAUGGCAAUUGCUUUGGCAAAUGGCGGAGGAAAGCCACCAGACUGGCAGGAUUUUGUGGGUAUCAUCACAUUGCUCAUAAUCAACUCAACAAUUAGUUUUAUCGAAGAGAACAAUGCUGGCAACGCAGCAGCUGCGCUGAUGGCUCGGCUUGCUCCAAAAGCCAAGGUUCUUCGAGAUGGAAAAUGGGACGAGGAAGAUGCUGCUGUUCUAGUGCCUGGGGACAUAAUCAGUAUUAAACUGGGAGAUAUCGUUCCAGCUGAUGCUCGUCUUCUCGAGGGUGAUCCGCUCAAAAUUGAUCAGUCUGCUUUGACUGGCGAAUCUCUUCCUGUAACAAAAGGUCCUGGAGAUGGUGUCUACUCUGGUUCCACGUGUAAGCAGGGAGAGAUAGAAGCUCUUGUGAUUGCUACAGGGGUUCAUACCUUUUUUGGGAAGGCAGCUCACCUUGUUGACAGUACAAACCAAGUGGGACACUUUCAGAAGGCAAGUGGAGUCUUUUCUCUGCUAAUCCAUGCAAAUGAUCUUGAUUAUCUGACUUUUAUGAAAUCUUACAUUACAAAUGAUGUUUAUGGUUAUCGUCAGGUUUUGACUGCUAUAGGAAACUUCUGCAUCUGUUCAAUUGCAGUAGGGAUGAUAAUAGAGAUUAUUGUGAUGUACCCUAUCCAACACCGCAAAUACCGUCCCGGAAUAGACAAUCUUCUUGUGCUUCUCAUUGGUGGUAUUCCAAUUGCCAUGCCAACUGUUCUCUCGGUCACGAUGGCAAUUGGCUCUCAUCGUCUUGCUCAACAGGGGGCCAUUACAAAAAGAAUGACGGCUAUAGAGGAGAUGGCUGGCAUGGAUGUUUUAUGCAGUGACAAGACGGGAACCCUAACACUGAACAAGCUGAGUGUUGACAAAGCCCUUAUUGAGGUAUUUGCCAAAGGUGUUGAUGCAGACACUGUAGUUCUAAUGGCAGCUCGAGCCUCUCGAAUUGAGAACCAGGAUGCGAUUGAUACUGCUAUUGUUGGGAUGUUGGCUGACCCAAAAGAGGCACGUGCUGGCAUUCGUGAAAUACACUUCCUUCCUUUCAAUCCCACUGAUAAACGAACAGCACUUACUUAUCUUGAUGGCGAGGGAAAAAUGCAUAGGGUUAGCAAAGGUGCACCGGAGCAGAUUCUAAAUCUUGCACACAACAAGUCAGAUAUAGAGCGUAGAGUUCAUGUGGUGAUUGAUAAGUUUGCCGAGCGGGGCUUGCGUUCGCUUGGUGUGGCAUAUCAGGAAGUCCCAGAGGGAAGAAAGGAGAGCGCUGGGGGACCAUGGCAGUUCAUUGGUCUCCUACCUUUGUUUGAUCCACCUAGGCACGACAGUGCUGAGACUAUAAGGAGGGCUUUAAACCUCGGAGUAAAUGUCAAAAUGAUCACAGGGGAUCAACUGGCAAUUGGAAAAGAAACUGGGCGCCGCCUGGGAAUGGGUACAAAUAUGUAUCCUUCAUCUGCUCUAUUGGGACAGACUAAGGAUGAAUCAAUCUCUGCUUUGCCAAUUGAUGAACUUAUAGAGAAGGCUGAUGGUUUUGCUGGUGUUUUCCCUGAGCACAAAUAUGAGAUAGUAAAGCGCUUGCAAGCUAGGAAACAUAUCUGUGGUAUGACUGGUGAUGGAGUCAAUGAUGCUCCUGCUCUUAAAAAAGCUGAUAUCGGGAUUGCUGUUGAUGAUGCCACUGAUGCGGCUCGUAGUGCUUCUGAUAUUGUCCUUACUGAACCUGGUCUUAGUGUCAUCAUCAGUGCUGUUUUGACCAGUCGAGCAAUCUUUCAAAGGAUGAAAAACUACACGAUAUAUGCUGUUUCCAUCACAAUCCGUAUUGUGCUUGGUUUUAUGCUUCUGGCUCUGAUCUGGAAGUUUGAUUUUCCCCCUUUCAUGGUGCUUAUCAUUGCAAUUCUUAAUGAUGGUACCAUUAUGACAAUAUCGAAGGAUAGGGUCAAACCAUCUCCUCUGCCGGAUAGCUGGAAACUGGCUGAGAUUUUUACUACUGGAGUUGUUCUUGGUGGCUACUUGGCAAUGAUGACAGUCAUUUUCUUUUGGGCAGCAUACAAAACAGAUUUCUUUCCGCGAGUAUUUGGGGUAUCAACACUUGAGAAAACAGCAACUGAUGAUUUUAGGAAGCUCGCCUCUGCAAUUUACCUUCAAGUAAGCACUAUCAGUCAGGCCCUGAUAUUUGUCACAAGAUCUCGAAGUUGGUCGUUCGUGGAGCGCCCUGGUUUGUUGUUAGUGGUCGCUUUUUUGAUUGCUCAACUGGUUGCCACCUUGAUUGCUGUUUAUGCGAAUUGGAGCUUUGCUGCAAUUGAAGGAAUUGGCUGGGGUUGGGCUGGAGUUAUCUGGCUUUACAAUAUUGUGUUCUAUAUCCCUCUAGAUAUUAUCAAGUUCCUUAUCCGUUAUGCUCUCAGUGGGAAGGCCUGGGAUCUUGUUCUUGAGAACAGGAUUGCUUUCACCCGGAAGAAAGAUUUUGGAAAAGAACAACGUGAGCUUCAAUGGGCACAUGCACAAAGAACCCUUCAUGGGCUCCAAGUUCCAGACCCUAAAAUAUUUAGCGAAACUACCAAUUUCAAUGAGCUUAACCAGUUGGCUGAGGAAGCGAAGAAGAGAGCUGAAAUUGCUAGGCUGCGUGAGUUGCAUACACUGAAAGGUCAUGUUGAAUCAGUGGUGAAGUUGAAGGGUCUUGACAUUGAGACAAUCCAGCAGGCAUACACCGUUUAAAGGGAAAGUCUGCUCUGGAGGUGUAAUUGAACUGGUGUUGUGAUGGGAGUGAAGACAUCAAAAUGUUAUAGUGAGUUACCUUUGAAACAGCAUGUUCAUAGUAGUGCCUUAUAGAUUAGCAGAGUAAUAUUAUUGAAGUUCUUAUUUUGCCGUUUCCUGCCUUCAUGUUCCAUAGCUCCUGUAGAUGUUGUAGUGACCCAGAAUGAUGAACAUCAAGUGAUGCCGGUAUUCGUUGUCUAUAUUCGUAAAAGCUUUUUUCUAAUUAUAUUUCGUUGUUUCGCAUCCACUAUAUGUUGUACUUGUUUCCCAUCGUUUCUUGGCUUCAUAUAAUAAGCAGAGCACUGUGUCCA